UCUCUUGUCCAACGUCCAUCCAUCCUAUUCUUCUUCUCCAAAGAAAAAAAAAAACAGUGAAGGAGAAAUGAAACUCCUUAAUCUGGUGAUCCUUUUCCUUACGAUGAUCGCCGUUUCUUCAGCGAUGGAUAUGUCGAUCAUUUCCUACGACGAGAGCCACCACACCCUCGCAGGCAGCCGGAGCGACGCCGAGGUUUCAAGACUCUACGAGGAGUGGCAAGUUAAACACGGGAAGGUUCAGAAUGCUCUUACAGAGACGAAAGAUCAACGGUUCGAGAUCUUUAAAGACAAUCUCCGUUUCAUAGACGAUCACAACAGGAAGAAUCUUAGUUACAGACUGGGUCUUACGAAGUUCGCGCAUCUCACUAACGACGAGUAUAGAUCCAUGUACGUCGGCUCUAGGCUCAAGAGGAAAUCCACCACGACCAGCCUUCGGUACAAGGCGCGUCUAGGUGACGCGCUCCCGGAGAGCGUUGACUGGAGGAAGGAAGGUGCCGUGGCUGAAGUUAAAGAUCAGGGAAGCUGCGGGAGUUGUUGGGCGUUUUCAGCCAUCGGGGCAGUGGAGGGCAUAAACAAAAUCGUGACCGGAGACUUAAUAUCUUUGUCUGAGCAAGAAUUGGUUGAUUGUGACACUUCAUACAAUGAAGGUUGUAACGGAGGCCUCAUGGACUAUGCCUUUGAGUUCAUUAUCAAUAACGGUGGAAUUGAUACAGAGGAAGAUUAUCCAUAUAAGGGUGUUGACGGACGUUGUGACCAGACCAGAAAAAACGCUAAAGUUGUCACAAUUGAUUCAUAUGAGGAUGUGCCAGCCAAUAGUGAAGACUCCUUGAAGAAAGCACUUUCUAACCAACCAAUUAGCGUCGCCAUUGAGGGUGGUGGUCGUGCGUUCCAGCUCUAUGAUUCAGGUAUAUUUGAUGGAAUUUGCGGAACGGAUCUAGACCACGGAGUUUUGGCGGUAGGAUACGGAACAGAGAACGGAAAAGACUACUGGAUUGUGAAAAACUCAUGGGGGUCAAGCUGGGGAGAGAGCGGAUACAUAAGGAUGGAGCGUAACAUUGCAGCUUCAGCGGGAAAAUGUGGUAUCGCUGUGGAGCCUUCAUAUCCGAUCAAGAAUGGCCAAAACCCACCAAACCCGGGACCUUCACCUCCAUCUCCCAUCAAGCCUCCCACUCAAUGUGACAGUUACUACACAUGUCCUGAGAGCAACACUUGCUGUUGUCUCUUUGAGUAUGGUAAGUAUUGUUUUUCUUGGGGAUGUUGCCCACUAGAAGCAGCCACUUGUUGUGAUGACAACUAUAGUUGCUGCCCUCACGACUACCCCGUUUGUGACCUUGAUCAGGGAACUUGUUUAAUGAGCAAGAACAGUCCGUUUAGUGUUAAGGCCUUAAAGCGCAAACCUGCAAUGCCACUCUGGUCACACGGCAGGAAGAACAUUGCUUAAAGAGAUGAUGCAGACACUGCACAUUUUCUUCUUCAUAGAGGACUCUGAAUCAUAUGAGAGCUUUGAAGAGAUUUGUCUGAUGUUUUUAAUGUUGUUGUUUAUGCCAUAACUAGAUACAUAAAAAUGCAGUUGCCGGGUUUCGUGUAUACAUAAAGAACCAUAAGCUGCAUUUAAAGCUCUACGUUGAGGUUCGUUGAUACAAUAGACUUAUUGUUAUUUUGGAAAAGGUUUACAAUCUAUGGCAAUUUUAUGGAAGUA